AUGGCCCGCUUCUCCGCUGCUCUCGCUCUCCUCGCCGUCCUCGCCUCUGAGGCGGCCGCUUUCCCCAUCCACCCUCGCACUCUCGCCGAGCGCGCACUUGCCAAGCGCAUUGCGCAGACCACCAUCGAUGCUCCCAAGAAGUGGGAGGAUGCCUGCACUGCCGCCGGUGGAGCUGACAAGUGCAACCCCAUCGCGGUCACCGCCGCAGCAACCCUCCUCGCCGCCGCUGGUCCUUGCGAGCAGCAGGACUCCGGCGAUGCCAUGGUUGAUCUCGCAAAGCAGCUCAAUAACGACCAAGCAAUGAUCACCGCCGCUCAGAUCUUCAUCCAGCAGCCCCGCAACACUCCCAACUCGGUAGCCACCGUCUACUGCCAGACCGCACCCAAGAACGACGAGCUCGCCGGCUUCUUCCAGUGCCAGUUCGAGGGCGCCGACCUCACCAAGUUCUCCAAUGGCCAGGCUGCCGGCGGCGAUGGCACGGUUCCUCUCGGUCUGAGCUCGCUCAGCCCCGCGGGCUCUUGCCCCGCCAACCCGAGCGGCCCCAUCGCCGACGGCACCCAGCUCUCCGACACCGCUACGUCGCCUGGCACCCCUUCGUCGGGCUCUGCCUCCGGAUCCGCGUCGUCGGGCAACUCGACCGGCACCGCCACCUCCGCGGCCUCUUCUGCCUCUUCCACCGCAACGUCUGGCGAUGACUCCGGCGACGACUCAGGUGACGACGAAGAUUGCGACGGCACCGCGACCGUGACUGUCGCUUCCGCCACGGCCGCCGCUACUGCAACUGGCGUCGCCACCUCCGCCGCCGCCGUGACUACCAAAGCCGCUGCAACUGGAACCGCCACUGCCUCCGCCGCCGCCUCGACUUCCACGAACUUCGUCCUCGCCAACGGCCUCGACGCGCAGAAGCAGAACCUCGACAGCCUCUCCAUUAAGGCGACCGACUCGUGCAGCACCGAUGGCCAGUUCGCCUGCAUUGAUGGUACCAUCAACCAGUGCGCCAACGGCGCAUGGGCCAACAUGGGCGACUGCACCGCGAGCGCGGCCCCCAACACGUCCUGCUUCUUCCUGCCGUUCGUCGCCAAGGCCUCUGUGUCCAGCCCAUCGUGCGUCUCGUCCGAUGUCGCUGAGACGCGUAUCGCCGCGAGCGGCGCUACGGGCGGUAUCUUCGGCAACGGGCAGAAGGCCGAAGGCAACGUCAAGCUCUCCGCUUGA